CUCUAUGGCAGCACACCGCUCUUCGCUUGCUGUAGGCUUGGAGCAGCAGGGGCGGAUGUGAACAGGCUGUCGACUUCUUCCUUUUACCGGGAGCGGAAUGGACGUGCUAGCUGAGGAGUUUGGGAGCCUGACCCCGGAGCAGCUAGCUGCGCCGAUCCCGACUGUGGAGGAAAAAUGGCGGCUGCUUCCAGCAUUUUUAAAGGUGAAAGGCCUUGUGAAACAGCACAUAGACUCCUUUAACUAUUUCAUUAAUGUAGAGAUAAAGAAGAUAAUGAAAGCCAAUGAAAAGGUUACAAGUGAUGCUGACCCCAUGUGGUACUUAAAAUAUCUUAAUAUCUAUGUUGGACUUCCUGAUGUUGAAGAAAGCUUCAAUGUAACUAGGCCAGUGUCCCCUCAUGAGUGCCGUCUGAGGGACAUGACAUACUCUGCCCCAAUCACAGUGGACAUUGAGUAUACCCGAGGCAGCCAGAGGAUAAUCCGCAACGCCUUACCCAUUGGCAGAAUGCCCAUCAUGCUACGAAGUUCAAACUGUGUUCUGACAGGGAAAACUCCAGCAGAGUUUGCCAAAUUGAACGAGUGUCCAUUAGACCCAGGUGGCUACUUCAUUGUUAAAGGAGUUGAAAAAGUAAUUCUUAUCCAAGAGCAGCUGUCCAAGAACAGGAUCAUUGUGGAGGCAGAUAGGAAAGGAGCUGUUGGAGCUUCAGUUACCAGCUCUACUCAUGAGAAAAAAAGUAGAACCAACAUGGCUGUGAAACAAGGAAGAUUUUAUUUGAGGCAUAACACUUUGUCUGAAGAUAUACCCAUUGUCAUCAUUUUUAAGGCCAUGGGUGUUGAGAGCGAUCAGGAAAUUGUGCAGAUGAUUGGAACAGAGGAGCACGUGAUGGCUGCAUUUGGGCCCAGCUUGGAGGAGUGCCAGAAGGCUCAGAUUUUCACACAGAUGCAGGCUUUAAAGUACAUAGGGAAUAAAGUAAGAAGACAAAGAAUGUGGGGAGGUGGACCAAAGAAAACCAAAAUAGAAGAAGCAAGAGAGCUCCUGGCUUCUACCAUUCUGACCCAUGUCCCAGUGAAGGAGUUCAACUUCCGAGCUAAGUGCAUCUACACUGCAGUGAUGGUGCGAAGGGUGAUCCUGGCCCAAGGAGAUAAUAAAGUCGAUGACAGAGACUAUUAUGGCAACAAGCGACUGGAAUUGGCAGGACAGCUCUUAUCUCUUCUUUUUGAAGAUUUGUUUAAAAAAUUUAAUUCAGAAAUGAAGAAAAUUGCAGACCAAGUGAUUCCUAAACAAAGAGCAGCCCAGUUUGAUGUGGUGAAACACAUGCGCCAAGACCAGAUCACCAAUGGCAUGGUGAAUGCCAUCUCUACCGGAAAUUGGUCUCUAAAGAGAUUUAAAAUGGACCGCCAGGGUGUGACCCAGGUGCUGUCUCGAUUGUCAUACAUAUCUGCGCUCGGCAUGAUGACAAGGAUAUCUUCCCAGUUUGAAAAAACAAGAAAAGUGAGUGGUCCUCGUUCUCUCCAGCCAUCUCAGUGGGGAAUGCUCUGUCCCUCCGACACGCCUGAAGGAGAGGCCUGUGGUUUGGUGAAAAACUUGGCCCUCAUGACACAUAUUACAACUGACAUGGAAGAUGGACCCAUUAUUAAGUUAGCUGGUAACUUGGGAGUAGAAGAUGUGAGUUUAUUAUGUGGAGAAGAACUCUCUUACCCAAAUGUGUUUCUCGUCUUCCUGAAUGGUAACAUCCUGGGUGUCAUUCGAGACCAUAAAAAGCUUGUUAGUACAUUUCGGUUGAUGCGAAGAGCAGGAUAUAUCAAUGAAUUUGUUUCUAUCUCCACAAAUCUUACAGAUCGCUGUGUUUAUAUUUCUUCUGAUGGAGGACGAUUGUGUAGGCCUUACAUAAUUGUCAAGAAACAGAAGCCAGCAGUCACAAAUAAGCAUAUGGAAGAAUUGGCUCAAGGUUACAGGAAUUUUGAAGAUUUCUUACAUGAGAGCCUAGUUGAAUACUUAGAUGUGAAUGAAGAAAAUGAUUGUAACAUUGCACUCUACGAACAUACAAUUAAUAAAGAUACCACCCACUUGGAGAUUGAACCCUUCACUCUUCUUGGUGUUUGUGCUGGCCUUAUCCCAUACCCUCAUCACAACCAGUCGCCAAGAAACACCUAUCAGUGUGCUAUGGGCAAGCAAGCCAUGGGUACCAUUGGAUACAACCAGCGAAACAGAAUUGAUACACUUAUGUAUCUACUAGCAUAUCCACAAAAACCCAUGGUUAAAACAAAAACAAUUGAGCUAAUAGAUUUUGAGAAGUUGCCAGCUGGACAGAAUGCAACGGUUGCUGUGAUGAGUUACAGUGGCUAUGAUAUUGAAGAUGCUCUUGUUUUGAACAAGGCCUCUCUGGACAGGGGUUUUGGGCGUUGUCUUGUAUAUAAAAAUGCUAAGUGCACAUUGAAACGAUACACCAAUCAGACUUUUGAUAAGGUGAUGGGUCCUAUGUUAGAUGCUGCUACCAGAAAACCCAUCUGGCGACAUGAAAUUUUAGAUGCGGAUGGCAUUUGUUCUCCAGGUGAGAAAGUAGAGAACAAACAAGUGCUUGUAAACAAGUCCAUGCCCACAGUGACCCAGAUUCCUCUGGAAGGAAGCAAUGUGCCUCAGCAACCACAGUACAAAGACGUGCCCAUCACGUACAAAGGUGCAACAGACUCCUACAUUGAGAAGGUGAUGAUCUCUUCCAAUGCUGAGGAUGCUUUCCUCAUCAAAAUGCUCUUGAGACAGACACGACGUCCAGAGAUUGGAGACAAAUUCAGCAGUCGUCAUGGGCAAAAAGGUGUUUGUGGUCUGAUCGUCCCCCAGGAAGACAUGCCGUUCUGUGAUUCUGGCAUCUGUCCCGACAUCAUAAUGAACCCACACGGCUUCCCGUCGAGAAUGACGGUUGGAAAGUUAAUUGAGUUGCUGGCUGGCAAGGCAGGUGUGUUAGACGGCAGGUUCCACUAUGGCACUGCCUUUGGAGGAAGUAAAGUAAAGGAUGUUUGUGAAGACCUUGUUCGCCAUGGCUAUAACUACCUGGGGAAGGACUACGUUACCUCAGGCAUCACAGGAGAGCCCCUGGAAGCAUACAUCUACUUUGGGCCUGUGUACUAUCAGAAACUGAAACACAUGGUGCUGGAUAAGAUGCAUGCCCGGGCCCGAGGACCACGAGCAGUCCUCACCAGGCAGCCCACUGAAGGACGAUCUCGUGAUGGCGGCUUGCGUCUCGGAGAGAUGGAACGGGACUGCUUAAUUGGCUAUGGAGCGAGUAUGCUCUUGCUGGAGAGACUCAUGAUCUCGAGUGAUGCCUUUGAGGUUGAUGUCUGUGGGCAGUGUGGACUCCUGGGAUAUUCUGGCUGGUGCCACUUCUGCAAGUCUUCCUGCCAUGUGUCCUCCCUCCGCAUCCCAUACGCCUGCAAGCUGCUCUUCCAGGAGCUGCAGUCCAUGAACAUCAUCCCCAGGUUGAAACUGGCCAAGUACAAUGAGUAAGGAUGGGCAGUAGCCACUGAGGGACGCGGUCGGCAGCCUGUGCAGCACAAAGCGAGGACUCCAAAUGACUUCUGCAAGCAUUUUGCUUCAUGAAAAUCUGAGAGGCGGAGGAGGCGCAGCGUUCUGAGUUCUAGAAGGCUGGCUGGACAACCUUGAUCAAGAGCUUCGAGCCACAGGAGGUGCCAGGCCCCACAGACUGCAGCACCAUGCUGAGUCACAGGCGGACACAAGCUGGAGAGAGAUUGCAAACUCCUAUUAAUUUUCCUUUGUUUUGUUUUGAGUUGGAGUCUCAUUCUGUAGCCCAGGCUGGAUUUGAACUCACCUCAAUCCUCCUACCCACCCCUCAAGUGCUGGAAUUAUAAAUAAGCAUCUCUGGCUUAUUUAUGUUAAUUAUAUUUUUAGGCAUCCUUUUUAGAAAAGCUUUUUUCCUUAAAAUUCCCCAUGACGUCUUCUGGUAAAGAGAACUCUGGUUCUCCUCAGGUGUGGAGGAGGUAAAGAAUCAUUUGAAUUGUGACUAGGAAGUUAACUCAUGUACCUGUUGCACACAGACCUGAGUUCAUCACCAGCAAACCAAAUAAGGGCUGGACAUGGCACCCAGUUCCCAUGUGAGACUGAUGUUGUUCAGGGGUGGGGUGAAGAGCAGACAGGCAGACCCUUGGAGCUUAUUGAUCAUCCUGUAGCCAAUUAGGACCCUUCAGGUUCAGUUGAGAGACCCCAUCUUAAGAGUUAAAGUGGACAACGAACGAGGAAGGCCCCAUUGUCACCUUGGCCCCACACACACAUACAAAGGAUGGUUAGAUGUGUUGGCACAAUGGAUGCGCAGUGGGAAGAAGUGGAGUAACACGGAGAAGGCAGCAAGUGACAUGUGCUCUGUGGCAUGGAAAGGCCAGCAGUUACAUCAGCUGUCUUACACCAAGACUGUAAUUUUGGUGGAAUGUGGACAGUGCAGCCUUCCUUGUAAGAAUGCCUUUCCUUAUCUACCAGAUCGAGGUUCUUGUGAACCUCCAAGAUACCUGGGUACAAUCCAUAACCCUGGUCAUUUCCUGUCCCUUUCGUUCCUACCAGGAUGUUAGAUUUCUAUUCCCUCAAUUUGUUCUUAACUCUUGUGCCCUGAAGCCAGGUAAAGAUUCAUACUAAGAAUUAUUUAUAUAUUUAAAUAAAAAAAGCAGAUGGCACACACCUUUACUCUCAGCACUCAGGAGGCAGAGGCAAGUGGAUUGCUAUAAACUCAAAGCCAUUCUGGUCUAUAGUGUGAAUUCCAGGACAGCUAAGGCUACACAAAGAAACCCUGUCUUAAAAAACAAAAAAACAGAGUCCAAGAAGAACUAAUGGUCUAGCUAUGUUCUCAUACCACACUAGAAGUGUUCCUCAGAGCGCUAACAGGUUUUACACACCAGUAGGGAUCAAAGUUGAGUGUGCAAAUGAGGCUGAGGAGCCCCAGGACUUCUCAGCCAGCUACUCACCCCAGGCCAAAGCAGUUGAGUUACCGAUUUGAAGAUGCAACCCUGUUUUGUUAUCUUCACAAUAAAGAUGUGGAAGUCAGAACAAGGAGUCUGUGAGGGGUGGCUGUGUGAGUGGGCAGCCUUCGGUGCGUCUUCCGUGGCUCAUGAGUAUUGUGACAUCAGGAGGCACCCAUCUCUUCCCUGUAAUGUUGGUCAUUCCUUAAUCUGGCACAUCCAUUCUUAUUGACAGCCCCUCCAUAUCAUUGCACUGAGGUGUGCCUAACCUUGUGCUGUGUGCUUUGUUGGACCAUCAGAGGGACUUUUUUAGGGUGAUCCUGCCUGAUUCUACCAACUCUGUCAAGGGUUGAUAAUCCUGCAGUGCUGUGCUCAAAGAACACUCAAGUCCUUUGGAAGGAGCCAGGCAGUGUUCUGGGUACCAGUACCAGGACAACUGCUCAGCAUGCGGUACGGUGCACGGUGUUGGGCUUAGAAGGAGCAGGUAGGUUGAGGUUCUUCUUGGUGGAACACGGAGUCCAGGAGACGUGGCCCCAGUCUGAUCAGAGCAUAGUUAACCUCAUUGGGGUCUCAGGAGCGCCCAUGCACACUGACCCACACUGGAAAUCUUGAAGUGUUUUUCAGGGAGAUUAGCUCCCUGUUACAGCUAAAGAAGCUGAGGCAGAGUAGCCAAGACAGACACACACACACAUCCCUUACCCAGCCACUGCCCUAACACCACACCACCAUGGGGGAAUGGCAAGAACCCCAAAUGCUCGGGCCUGUUCGGCUUUAUCCAUGGUUCACCAAAAGUGAUCUUUUUUUAGAAAUUCAGAUGCCACUGAGACCUUCUGUUUCCUGUAGAUGAACAUUUUCAGCCAUCCCAGGUGGUUAUGAUCAUCUGAUGGAGGACACACAGUUCUUCACUUGUGUGCCUCUCAGAAGGCAUUAGAUCCAAAUGUCAGCAAAAGGAAAGCAGUUGGCUAGCUUCACAGCCAGCAGAGACCACACUUGAAUAGCUGUUUGUCUGAAAAGGAUGUUAAUGAGUGGACACAGCGAGAGCUGGGGUGGAGCUCGAUGGUACGUCACUUGCCUAGUACGCAGCCCCAUCCUCAGCGCACACAUCAGCGAGGCCACAAGUCCUUAGUCUUAGUGCAGGUUGUCAUUUUGUUUGCUUGUUUUUAAGUUAUUCUAAGUCCUUUGCUUUAAAAGCUACCAGUUAGAUCCUAUUUGUAGUAAGGCUAGGUCAUUUCUUCAAAACCACGCACAGCCUUUCUCCCUGAAGGCUUUUAAUGGGCUAGGAGUGGCAUGGGGUAAGGUUGAUGUCUCCUUCAGCGGAGUCAAGGGCUGCAAAGAACAGAAAUCUCAGGUGUUGCCAAGGCACUCACCUGGACAGGCCAGCAUCCCACACAGAAAGCUUGCUGGGUGACCAGGGUUUCCACUGUCCCCUCAGUUCCUUAGAGGGUCUAUUCUCUGAGACAGCACACUGAUGGCUUCAGUAUAGGAAUUCUGAGGAAGCUGCUCAAUCCUCUCUACCCCUCAAGGUAUUUGAAACAGUUCAUGACAGCACAGGCAGGAAUGUGGGAAAUACCUAUUUAAGCCUACUGGCCAAAACAGCAAUUCCACUCCUAGAUGUAUGGCUAGUGGGAAGUGUGGUGUGUGAGUGGGUGCAUGCUCACUACCAAAUGUUCCCAGCACCAUUGUCAUAGCCCCUGGUCUAUAUAACCCUGUUCACUAACAAUAUAAAUUAUUGUAUGUUACCACAGUGGUAACAUACUAUAUGAUGAUGAAAAUUAAUUGCUACUGCAUGUAAUAUCACUAAUUACUGGAAAUGCCCCCAUAAACAUUACAUAUUGUG